AUGGAACAGAGCUCAGACGUUCGUUUACAAAUGGAACGUUUCACACCAGUUUUGUUUUUAAUUCUUUUUAUCAGUGUGGUAUAUUGUGGUAGACCUGUACCUGUAAGUUCUGACAGUUCAGAGAGUUCAGAAAGUUCAGAAAGUUCAGAAAAGGCAAAAAGAACAAAAAAUGCUGAAAUUGUAGAAAGUGCUCGAGAUGGUGCCUUAUUGUUAUCAAUUGUAAAAAGUGCCCGAGCUGGAGCUUCAUUGAUGGAACAUUUCUCCCAAGUUUUGAUUGCUUUAAUGGCUAUGAUCAGUAUGGUUUAUUGUGGAAUGCCAGAAAGUGCUGAAAGUGCUGAAAGUGCUGAAAGUGCAGAAGAUGGAGCUGCAUUGGUAUCACAAUCCAAUAUAACUAUCAUUGUUUCAAUGGCUGUUCUGAUGAUGUUGAAAAACAGAUUUUUUAGUUAA